AUGGGCGACAGCCAGCCAGUUCCGCUAGAACGGUCUGUUCUCAUCCUAUAUGGCUCUGAAACUGGCAACGCGCAGGAGGUCGCCGAGGAAUUGGGUGCCCUGACAGAGCGGCUUCGUUUUGCGACGCAUGUGUCUGAAUUGAAUCAAUAUAAGCCAAAUGCGCUUUUCUCGUACACGCUCACAAUAUUUGUGGCCUCGACUACUGGACAAGGCGAUUUACCGGCUAAUGCGAGAUUGUUCUGGAAGUCGCUUUUGCUGAAGAAGCUGCCUCCAACAUUCUUGAAGGGAAUCAAUUUUGCUUGUUUUGGAUUGGGGGAUAGCUCUUAUCCUAAGUUCAAUUGGGCAAUUCGAAAGCUCUAUAAACGACUGCUACAGCUCGGUGCAAACGAGAUUUAUCCCACAGGCGAAGCAGAUCAGCAACAUCCAGAAGGACUCGAGGCUACAUUCCUACCAUGGAUGACCGAUUUCCGAAAGCAAUUGUUGGAUAGACACCCUUUACCGGAAGGACAGUAUCCCAUUUCAGACGAUGUACAGCUACCACCAAAAUGGACGUUGCAAGAAAAGGAAGGAAGUGCUUUCGUCCCAGCACCCAAGCCGGUCGACAAUGAACAACAAACAUACUCAGAUGAAUACCCGGGGUUACAUCAUCUCGACCAUGACUUACGCCCUAUCCCACAUACUCUAUCAGCAACAUUAACGGAGAACUGUCGAGUGACUCCGCAAAAGCAUUGGCAGGAUGUGCGUCAUGUUACCCUGACCGUCACAGAAUCCGUAUCCUAUGUCCCAGGAGACAUGAUUGCAAUCACACCGAAGACCUCUCCAACAGAUGUCCAAACAUUCAUUGAUCUGAUGGGUUGGAACGAUCAAGCAGAUAAACCCAUAUCUCUCGUUCCAACAGGAGAUAUUCCGGCUCCACCUCCAAUCCCCGAUCUCGACUCAUACCCCAACCUUACGCUCCGUGCUCUCCUCAUAGAUUAUCUCGAUAUCAAAGGGAUACCUCGCAGAUCAUUCUUUUCCACCAUUGCACACUACACCACUGAUGAAAUGCACAAAGAACGGUUAUUAGAACUCACAAACCCAGAGUAUCUCGAUGAGCUAUGGGACUACACUACGCGACCACGACGGAGUAUUCUUGAGAUUCUAGAUGAGUUCCACACAGUGAAGAUCCCAUGGCAGCAUGCGGUCUCUGUGCUUCCGGUCAUGCGCGCACGGCAGUUCAGUAUCGCGAGUGGCGGAAGCCGUAAGAAGACUGCUGAUGGCAAGACACAAUUUGAACUUCUCAUUGCCAUUGUCAAAUACCAAACAGUGAUCAAGAGAAUCCGCGAGGGUGUUUGCACCACGUACCUCUCCGUACUCCGGCCGGGUAGUACACUGAAGGUCCAACUCCAACCUGGCGGUCUAAAUUCCUCAAUACAACAGCUUACUGCAGCAACGGUACUCAUUGGACCGGGCACAGGGAUUGCACCUUUGCGCUCUAUGCUCUGGGAAAAGGCAGCGCUUGUUCAAGCCUUCCGCGAUCAAAAUCCCGGCGUCAACCCUCCCAUUGGACCAACCGUCCUACUCUACGGUGGACGAAAUCGAGAAUCAGACUUCUUCUUCGAGAACGACUGGACAGAACUCAGCAAGAUCAUCCCCCUCAAAGUCCUCACUGCGUUCUCGCGUGACCAGCAGCGCAAGGUAUACGUGCAGGAUACUGUUCGAGAGAACUUCCCACUUUUCUUCAGUCUUCUCCACGAUAUGAAGGGAUCUGUUUAUAUCUGUGGUUCGUCUGGACGCAUGCCUCAGGCUGUGCGGGAAGCUCUCAUUGAGGCGUUCCAGCAUGGAGGCGCUCCCGUGCCUGGGCAGCCUUUUACCCGGGCACAGGCUGAAGAGUAUUUGAUUGGGAUGGAGCAGAUUGGAAGGUAUAAACAGGAGACGUGGUGA